GUCUCUAGCGCCACCGGAGCAAGCGAGGGAGCCGGAGCGAAAAGAAGGAGGAGGAGGAGGCCACGUCGCUGCCGCUCGGAGCCCGGCCGGAGCCUCCCAGGUACAUGGUUCGGGUCCGAGCUGUGGUGAUGGCCCGAGAUGACUCCAGUGGGGGCUGGCUGCCUGUGGGGGGCGGGGGCCUCAGCCAGGUGAGCUUAUGUCGGGUCCAAGGGGCCAGGCCCGAGGGGGGGGCCCGCCAGGGGCACUACGUCAUCCACGGGGAGCGACUCCGGGACCAGAAAACCACCUUGGAGUGUACCCUGAGGCCAGGCUUGAUUUACAACAAGGUGAACCCUAUCUUUCAUCACUGGAGCUUGGGUGACUGCAAGUUUGGGCUGACAUUUCAGAGUCCUGCAGAAGCUGAUGAGUUCCAGAGGAGCCUGUUGGCAGCCCUGGCGGCACUGGGUCAAGGCUCACUCACUCCCUCCUCCUCCUCUUCCUCCUCCCCUUCCCAGGACACUGCAGAGACCCCCUGCCCUCUGACGUCCCACGUGGACAGCGACUCCUCCUCCAGUCACAGCCGCCAGGAGAACCCUCCCACCACCACUGCAGCGGCCCCCCAGGUCAACGAAGAGUCAGCUUCCAGCUUCGGGCCAGCCACGCCCCCCCAGCACCGAUGCUCCUCCACUCAGAGCUAUCCUCCGCUCCUACCGUUCACAGGAUUUCCGGAGCCCUCAGAGCCCCUGGCCGGGGCAGGGGGACUGGGCUGGGGCGGCCGUGGUUAUGAGGAUUACAGGCGCACCGGGCUGCCCUCGCCCCGCACUCUGUCCACCUGCGUUGUUCGCUUUGCCAAGACUGGCGCGUUGAGGGGUGCAGCCCUGGGGCCCCCAACCGCUCUACCUGCCCCUCUCCCAGAGGCUGGACCUCCCGCACCAGCCAAGGCCUCCCCGGAGGCAGAGGAG